AUGCAGUACGACUCAGCGUAUAUACUACUAGAUCUUCUCGAAGCUAACCGUCCAGGAACUCGCAAACUAAAGUGCUCCGGAGAACAACCCGAGUGUUCGCGAUGUGCAAACGAUAACAUCGCUUGCGUCUACUCUACUCAAAAAUCCAUGGGAAGGCCUAGGAAGCGCAAGCUACAGGGUACCGAUCAACCAGCUGGUGAAUCUUCCCGUUUUACACGGCAAAAUACAGCUUCCGCCGAAUCCAACCGCUUUGACAGUGCAAUCCAAUUCAAUACCCUUGCUGAUGAGAUCAACUUCCCUGGCGUGAAUUUGCCUACCGUUCUAGACAGCAUCAACGAGGCCAAUCUGCUUACCACACCUGCUAUGGGCGUCCUUCCGGCCCAGUCAUGUGCCUGCCUGUCGUCCAUAUACCUCACGCUGGAGAACUUGCGCGGCAUGGAUCAUGUCAGCUUUCCUUCUAGCCUACACUGUCUUCGCGAUGCGCUGCACACAAGCAAAUCAUGUAUUGAUUGUCAAGUCUGCCCAGCACAAUAUCUGACAGCGACACAGAAUUCGCAGCUACUUGGGACCCUACUACUCUCCAUUUCCGAACGAUACAACAGGAUUGUCAAGGCGAUUGCCUCGGAAAUGACUGCAGCCGAACAGACGGGGCAAAUGAUGACUCUGCAGAUCGGUAGUUUUGAUCUGACCAAACCGAGACACGAGAUUGUUGGUGGCAUGGAUUCGAAUGAGCCCCUCGUGCUUGAGCUGCCGCCUUUGGAAUGGAAGAAGCUAGCGAAUAAGGUGGUCAAAGCCGAGAUCUAUGGGACCUGCGAUGCGAGUCGUGCCAGUUUUAUGUCGGUCGUGUCAAGUUUAGAACAGAGGCAGGCUCACUGGCAUACGAUGGAGCCAACUGCGGAUUGCCCUGAUCCAGAGCGAAGAAGACACGAUAUGCACGACCACAACAACAGCCCUAUGUGUUUGAUGCUGGCUCGCGAAGCCAAGAAGCUUGUGGAUCUGUUCGACUUCAGCUGA